AUGUCUCGGUCAUUUGAUGUCACGGCGGUGCCUCCCUGGGUGAAGUACGUGGUUCUAUUUUCGUCCGGUAGUGUUAUUAUGCUGUACGCUGAGAGAGCUUACCGACGUUAUGUAGUACGACAGGUGAUCCGGAGAAGGAAGGAGAGAGCAAAGAAAGCGAUCGAGCAUCUUCGUACUCAACUUAAAGAACAACAGGUUGACACUAAACUAUCUACAGACAUUCUAAGUAUGACGGUAAUGGAACUUCACAAUGCCCUACAGUCAGGAAAACUUAAAGCUGUUGAUGUCCUCCUCGCAUACCAGAGGAAGGCGAUGCAAGAAAACGACAGAUUGAAUUUCAUGACGGAACCUAUCCAUGGAGCUAUGGGUGAGGAUUCGACCGUUGGAGUUGCGUCGUUGAUAGGGGAGGCAGCGUCUGAUGACGCUGUACUGGUCAAGGUGCUGAAAGAUCAGGGAGCUGUUCCAUUUGUAAGGACUAAUGUACCACAGACGAUGUUGAGUGUGGACUGUUCUAACCCAAUCUACGGUAAGUCUCUCAAUCCUCGCGACACCAACCGUACCCCGGGUGGUUCGUCUGGUGGGGAGGCGGCGAGUCUGGCAGCUGGAGCUUCCAUAUUAGGAAUUGGAUCCGAUAUUGCUGGAAGUAUUCGGAUACCUAGUCAUUUCUGCGGCGUUACCGGACUGAAGCCCACGCAGGGAAGAUUAAGUACGAAAGGAAUGCGUAGUUUGACAAAACCACAAAAUAUCGUUAUAGGGACGGGAGGUCCUAUGGCGCGUGAUGUGGAUGGUGUGGUGUUACUGAUGAGAGCCAUGCUGUCUCCCCUGCAUUUCCAGCUGGACCCGUCUAUACCGCCUAUUCCUUUUCAAGAGAAGGAGUUUUCCGACACCCGGCGUCUCCGUAUCGGCUACUACACCAGCCACGGAUACGCGGACCCUGUCCCGUCAUGUAGACGGGCUGUCUUCGUCGCCAAAGAGGCAUUGGAGAAGAACGGACACACGCUUGUAGAAUUUGAACCCCCUAGAAUACCGUACGCCAUGUCUCACCUGUAUAUGAAAGUGAUGAACGGAGACGGAGGCCAAACCUUAGCGGAUUACCUGAAAGAUGACGUUGUAGACCCCAGUAUGAAAAUGGUAAUAUUCAACAGUCGCCAACCACUUCGGGUUCGUCAUUUCCUCGCGAGUCUGGCCGGAUGGCUCUAUAAAAAAUAUCGAGAAGAAUUUUACGACGCUUGGACAAGGCUUAGACUAGAUAUCGUUAUCUGUCCAGCGUUUGGCUUCGUCGCUCCUCCUUACGGCAACCUGGACAAAUCGUUUGGUGGUGGUUUAUUUGCUCCUACAUACAACCUAGUGAAUUACCCCGCUGGGUGCCUCCCUGUAACAUCUGUAUCAACUGCAGACAUUGAUGACCUGAAGACCUAUCCUCAGAACACGAUGUUCGAGAAAACAAUGAAAAAGGUAUCGGAAGGAUCGGAGGGGCUACCAGUCGGGGUACAGGUCGUAGGUCAAAAAUGGCAAGAAGAGCUCGUUCUCAGAGUUAUGAAAGAGAUUGAACGAAACGUCCUAAACACCGUAUCCAAACAACAUGCAUAG